AUGAACUGGCUGGAAGCGCUUGUCGGUGAAUUGCAACAACAAACAAGACUUUCCAACACCGGUAUCCCCGAUGAUAAUGUACUUGAAAAGAGACUGAUCGAUUUGGUCAAGAUCGAAAUCGGCAGACUUCAUCUGAGCAUCCACGUUCAACAUCAUUUGAGCUCUGAAAAUAAGGGUUUGUCUGGUGUUGAAGUGAGUCCCAGUCCAGUUGAAGUCGUUUCUGCUUGCUUCGGAGUACUGACAACGGGAGGAUUCAAAGAGGCGGUGGGAAUAGAAGAAGCGGUAGUAGAUGCUGUAGUUGGAGGAAGUCCCAAGUUCAAAGUGAGAGCAGGAGCAGGAGCAGCAGAUGUCGCACCAAAUAAACUUCCAGUUGGUGCAGCAGAAGAAGUGGCAGUGGAUGUAGUAGCUGGCGUUGCUCCAAAACUUCCGGUUGUCCCGGAUGGAGCGAUAGAUGGGGCUGCUGCUGAAGUCGUUCCAAAUAAUCCUCCGGAAGAUGGUGCAGAAGUGGUGGUUGUAGUGGAAGGCUUGGUGCCGAAAAGUCCUCCGGUUGACGGUAGAGUAGAAGCAGACGCGGUGGAUACUGCAGUUGCGCCGAACAAAUUUCCAGCAGAAGCUGGCACUGGUGCAGUUGUAGAUGAGGUUCCAAAAACCGUUGUUGCAGCCGGUACAUUCGUUUGGGUUGUGGAACUGAAUAGUCCACCUGUUGAACUGGUCAGAGUAUUAGCGUUUCCACCAAAAAGUCCUCCAGUAGUAGAAACUGUUGCUGCUGCGGCAGCUGGGGAAGCAAACAUUCCGGUUGAUGGAGCUGUUGUGGUAGUAGCGGGAGUUGUAGAAGCGAACAUUGCAGCUGGCUUGGCUGCAUUACUGGUUCCAAACAGACCAACUCCAGGUGCUGCGGGUGCAGGAGCAGUACUUCCGAAGAGCCCGCUAGCUGGAGGGGCGGCUGGGGAGGUUGAGGUAGCUGUUCCGAAGAUGUUUCCCCCGCUGGUUUGUACAGUUGAGGAAGAUCCAAAAAGACCUGUGUUUGACGUUGCAGGCGCAGUAUUGGUAGCGGCACCAAACAUGCUACUGGCCGGUGCCGCAGGCGUGGAUGUAUUGCCGAACAAACCAGAUGUCACGGUACCAGUUGAAGAACCGAAUAAUCCGGGGUUUAAUGACGUUGAUGUCGUUGUGUUGCCAAAAAGAUUACUAGAUGGAGCUGCUGACGUGUUAGCAGACUGUCCGAAAAGUCCUCCAGUGGCUGGAGCAGAAGUGGCAGUAUUUCCGGCACCAAACAGAUUUGCUGUUGGUGCGGUAGCUCCGAAGAGGCCAGUGCUUGGAGUAGCGUUGCUCACCGAAGAACCGAAAACGUUCGUAUUGGCAGGAGCCGCGGAGGUGUUAUUUCCGAAAAGGCCAGUUGUUGCAGGGGCCUGUGUUGACGUUCCUCCAAACGGAUUGGCAUUUCCACCAGAAGUAGUUGUGCUAGCACCGAACAUAUUGUUUACUGAAAAAUUGAAAAUGGAUGCGAAACUUGUGGAAAAUAGUUUUACCUGUGUUAGUUGCUGUAUUACCGAAUGA